AUGGCAGACCCAGGCGAGGAACCAGCCCAACUAUCUUCCAACAUUCAGAAUGAACAUUCAACACAACAAGCAUCCCAUGUUCGACAAGAACCACCUAUACAGCAAUCUGAUUCCUCGGAUAGCGAUGUCGAAAAUAUUCAACAAUCGCAUAGAAAUAUUGGAGGUACAUCAGGAGAACGUGAUCCUUUAUUGGCCAAGAAAAAGAAGAAGACAAAGGGAAGAAACAGGUUAUUACAUCCUGAAGAUUAUGAAACCAUCGAAAAUGCACCUCCUGAAGAUGACGAAUAUUUAGAUGCAGAAUUUUAUGCUAACAAUGGUAGAUUUCGGGUACAUAAGAAUUACAUCGUAUUUUUAAGUAAUUGGAAGGCCAUAUUAAACGUAGUUUUGCUAGUCAAUACGCUACUGUUGGUUAUAAUGUUUGUCUCCGAAUUUUUUGUCGAAAUUUUGCCUACAUCCAGGCUUGCUAAUUUUAACGAUUUUAUUUUGAUAUUGAUAUCAUUAAUUGGGAAUUGUUUUAAUCUUUGGUUUAACAAAAUUGGUCUGUUUUCACCUUUUGAUCUACAUCUAAAUGUUGCAUUGACCAUUUUACCAUUAUUAAACCUAUUAAUUAUUUUUAUCGUAAAGUAUACAAGAGAAAGAAUUAAUAUUAUUUCAAUUGUAAUUCAUUUAUGGACUUCGUUGACAUUUUCUCUAGGUAUUUUCCAAGCUUACAAUUUAAGAAGGUACAUUAGAAAUUUGUCUCCACCCACAGCUCAGAACAAACAUACAAUGACAGAAUGGAUAGAAAUAGCAUUCCGGAAUAUAGUAAAGUUUAUCUCUCUAAUUUUACUUUUAUUGUUGCUGUUUACUACUUUUUUGCAUUCGAUUGAUCUGAGUAAUGCUUUGAGAAAUGUAGGCAAAGAUGAAAGUAUGUUCGUCUGGACCGGCCAAACACAUUCCAAGAAGCUACAUAUUACAUGUCAUGGCCUAGAUUUCAACUCCUCUUCAGUUUCUGAUAGUUUAUCCCACCAACCUAUUGUCUUAUACGAGCAUGGUGGUGAAGACACUUCUUACACAUCUGGUACAUGGAUAGAGGAAUUGUAUAAUCUCGGAAAGAUAGAACGUUAUUGUGUUUAUGACAGAUUUGGGUUUGGAUUAAGUGACUCUGUUAGUGCUCCUGCAUCUUUGAAGAAAUCUGCAGAAGCUUUAAGAUUCGCAUUAGUAGAAGAAUUACAAUUAAAAGAUAAGUUUUUGGUGGUUGGUUACGACUAUGGAGCUUUGAACGCAAGGGUAUUUGCUGCUAAUAAUAGGGAUAUUUGCUCUGGUUUAAUGUUAGUUGAAGGAUGGAAUGAAGAACUUUUAUUAAAACAUUAUCUGAGGAGAAUAUUCCCUGGUGAUGGUGAUGAUCAGGAUCCUAGAAACCCAGACACUGGUAGUAAUAAAGGAGAUCGUAUCGAUUAUAGGGUUCCUGAAAAGGAAAUUGGAAAGAGAUAUACUAUUCAAACUUGGUUAUAUGGAAUUUGGUCCGCAUUUGGACUGAAUCUUCAUACAUCGUGGUUUGUAUCACAUCAUGGAUCUAUGAGUAGAAUAUUUGGAAGCGAUAUGGUAGAAGAAGGGGGAUUUAUUAGGAACAAAGUGCUUGAAUCCUUAUCUAGUUCCUUAAUAAGUUAUAAUGACAUUUUAGCUUCUAACCUGAAACUUCAAGAUAUAAAAUUGAGUAUUGUCAGUUCCAAACAAUUUAUUAAAAUAUCACCUAUAUGGGGUAACUGGCAACGCCAGCUAACAAAGCUCUCCAAAAAGACAGUAGAAUGGCGGAUUAUUGAAGGUACUCAUCAAUUUUUCAAAAAUGGAAACGGUGUUGAGCAGGCUCAGGAUGUAUUGUUAAGAUUGAUCAAUGAAUAA